UUGAGACUCAACACGUUUGAAGUGAAAAAAGUUCACGUCAAAAAUGAUAACUAAAAUUUCAGAGAAGUGCAACAGAGACUACACACGAUCAUCCAUAAAGUUCAAGAUAGUAAAUUUUCCAUUCAUAUUCUGUUGCUUCACAUACUUCUUCUCAUCGGCACAAUCUCUGAAACUGGUCGGAAAAUACUGCGAUCUUCAAACUGGCGAUUUAGCAAGACUGUGUUACGUAAAAGAAACCUUAGCGGUGCUCACACACAGUCCAAAUCAGCUUGCGGUGGAAAAGUCGUCGAAUACCCUAUAUUUCAGCUUCGAUUUUGGCCAAGGAGAAUAUAUCCCAGGUAUUCUAAACAUCAGUACAAAAAAACUCACCGUAUUAAAAGGACCUAAGGACGCUUUUGCUAUUGCAAUCAACGACACAUCACGAGAGGUGUAUUUCGGAGGCAGCUACGGUGUCUAUAAAUACAACCCUAUUGAGAAAAGUUUGAAGCAACUCCUUGUUCCAGAUUUGGAUGUGUGGUGGUUAUUUGUCAAAAACAAUAUGCUGUAUUUUAUUAAAUUUCCUACAUUAUACGCGUAUUGUUAUCAUAAUAGAACGGUUAGGAGCGUCGAACGAUUAAAAACAUCGAGCAUCCAACAAUUUGUUGUUGAUGAAGGUAACAAUAUAUUCUUUAUAAACAGCAGUGGGUUGUAUGGCGUGAAAAAUGAAUCAGAAAAUAUUACUAUGCUGAGAAGUGACACGAAAUUUCUAGGAAUGACUAUAGACAAUAAAGGUGAUGUGUUUGCUAGUGCCGAUGAUGGAAUCUAUAUUGUGGAUAGAAUAGUGGCGAAGGUAAAAAAAGUGGUGAACAUUCCAGGCGUUUUGGGGCUCACUUUUGAUAAAAAUAAUCACCUUAUUUAUUCGGAUUCCCAUGAAAUCACACGGCUGGUAGCGGUUUCUUCUAAUACUUACAAUGAUAUAAAUUCUAUUAAAUAAUAUUCGAUUUAAUGAUGUAUGCAUGUACUUACCGGAUGUAAUUUUUUUAUAACGUAUGUAAAUGAAUA